AUGGCUCCACUUAGUUGAAACCCUCUCAGUGCUGUCUACCAAACCACCAAAAACUCAAUUGAACCCAUGGAGGAGUUAGUCACCAAAUUAUCUCCGAUAUGUUUCUAGUCUCCAAGUGGUUGAAAUUUAGGUCAAUCUCCACCACACAUAAAUACAACAUCAUAUCAUAUAUAUGCACUUACAUAUAUACCACAACUUCAAGGAAUUCAAACCAUAUAGAUUUAAUUAAUUUUAUUAUUAUGAGUUUCGCUUUGUUCAUCAACUCCAUGCUGCACAGGCUGUUCUCAAUUCCCAGGUUGCCUUUGCUAUUCUACGCCGCGUCGUGGACCACCGUCUUGACCGUCACGGUGGCGCUCGCCUCCUUCACGCCGGAGCUGGCUUUCGUCUCCGCUAUCACUCCGGCUUCCUCCUUCUCCGCGCCAUGCGGCGCCGGAGGCUCGUCGUCGGUCAGGAUUCCGUUGGACGUUCCGUCCGAGGUGUUCUGUUUUCCGGCGGAGCUGUUCAGGAAGUCGAAGAUGGACCUGGUCGUGCCGCCGAUCUUCGCGGCGGUCGUCGUGGCGGCCUCCGCUUAUGUUGUCAAGGCUCUGUCCCUCUGGGAGUCUGCUGAUCAAGGAGAACGACACUGAUUUUUUUUUUUUUUUAAAUUUUAAUUUAAGAAAUUAUAUUUUUUCUAUAGAAGCUGAAUUUUGAUUGAUUUCAAUGUUAUCUGAGUAUGAAUAGUUAGGACUCGGAAUUUUCGUGUGAAUUUGAUAUAUAGUCAAUAUAUAUAUGUAUCUUGUAGUAUUAUAAAAAAAAGCUUGUUUUGAAUGUUCUAAA